GCACUCUAAAACCAAGACGGAGGACGACGACGGCUGAUCGGUUUUUCGUUUGCACCAAGUUGUCCGGUGAAUUUGCGGACUGUUGCGAAUAGUUGCGAGGGUCGACUGGGACCCCAAACGGUGCGUGAAGGUUUCGGGAAUCGAUCGGGGGUAACAGUGCGUGUCACGACGGUGCCCCUAAGCCAAGUUUUUCCGGUUUCGAUCCGGUGGUCCCAGAAAAAUCUUUGGGAUUGGUGUCGAAAAACAACCACGGACAAUUUUCACUCUCCAAAAAAACCUAUUGGGAAGAACGUUUCACCACAGUAGUGCUGUGCUGUGUGUGUUGUUGCAUGUACAAGACGACGUCGAACGUGUGCGAUUCGGUGUGAGUGUGUUGGUGCCAGGAGGGCUUGCUGCUGCGUCUGGUUGGAACCAGCCCGUAGAAGAACGGUGAAGAAGCUGGAGCAGGAAGAAAAGCAUAUGUACACAGACGCACGCGUUCGAUUACACGAGGCAGUGCUGCCUGUCAGUGUUUGUUGUUGUUGUUGCUAGAAAGAAACGAAGACGACGACGCCCGUCUAAGCGUUUCUCGUAUUGGUGGUGUUGGUGCUGACAAGGCGUCGCACCCGGAGCGUUUGUGUGCGUGCAACGUGUGUGCAUUCACAGAUUGGUGCUUGCUUACUUAUGUUGGCAGUAUUGUGUGUUUUCAUUGAAUAUAGAUGUGAAUCUGUGGAGGGCAAUGAGCACAAAUUGCAGAGAAAAAUCCAAAUGGAAACUGCAAACCAUCGAACCGAAUGAAUUUUCCCGAAACCUGUGAAAAGCUGCUGGAAGAUUUCGCUUUAAUGGAAACGGAAGUUUGACCGUCCAAGGAUAGUUCUUGGGAUUCUCCAGAGCAACUGAAGAAUUUGACAGCUCCAUUAUUCGAUUGAUUCGACGAAUAUGAUGAUGAUGAUGAUGAUGGUAGUGAUGAAGUAGUGGACAUAGACAGAAACCGAUAUCCAGGAGCCAUCGUUCGUCGCUUAGUGGUGGCUGAAAAGAGUGUUAAUAACCUCUUGAUGUGCAAGUUAUGUUCCGUCGCGCACCUUAACCGGUCCUUCCCCGGCAUCCCUCCCUUCGCUUAUAAUAUAUGAGAUUUCUAAAUAAUGAUUCAAGAAAAAUCGUAGCUGAAGAGGAUAAUCUCGAUCGAAAGUAUUCAACACUAUUGAGUGGCAAAUUGUGCAAAACAUUAAGAUCACGAAUGAAAUUCGGAACGGACAGUCGUAAUUUCGUGUAACCUUCGGAAGGUAAAACCUUUCCAAUUCCCGAUCCAAAACGCGAUCGAGGGUCUCUUGUGCUGCGAGAUGGGCAACAUUAUUCAGUAGGGGCCCCAGAGCACUACUUCUUUCUGUGUACAAACACACCGCACACGCGUGCGGUCCUCUAGGAAGGGAAAACCUGAGCCAGAAGCUUCUUCGUCGGUCGGGGUAUUGGUGUGUGGAAGCACGUAGCCCACCUCUAGCUAGCUAGCCAUCCAGCCAGCUAGAAAGAAGAAGCGUGUGAAGUUUUGCAUGAAGCAGUCAGUCAAGUCAGGAGGAACGGAACCAUCGGGCCAGCCGGUUUCGGUGUGUUUGUGGCAACACCAGAACGCGUUGACCAGAGCCAUCCCAUCAGCCAACCAGUCAGCGGAUGUGUGCGUGUGUACGUGAGGUAUUCUGGCUGACGGUAUAAUACAUAUUUUACAAUCGUCGUUCCUUUCCAUCAACAAGAGAAGAGAAAAAAAACCAAUCCAACGACGAACGGAGGACGAUUCUGUGUGUACCAAUAAUAAUCGCGGGGAAAAUCGCCUAUUUCCUAAGGUUUUCGACCGAUUGAGCACUCGGUACCGUGUCACGACGCUAGUACCGGAAUCGAACUACCGAAAAGUGUACGGAAAACGCGUUGGCCAAGUCCCGGAAUCGGGUAAAUUCCGUGCCAAAGGUUGUGCAAGUCGUGUGUCCCGCGAGUGUGUGCGAAUAGCUUGCUAGUCAGUCAGCUAGCAGAAUCCUCCAUUUGGUGAAUCCGGAGAAGGCCCUUCAAGCAAGCAACCAAGCAAAAAAGAAAAGUUUAAAUAAUACACCUCUAUAAGAGGAGCUGUGUGUGGCCAACGGGAAAGAAAAAUCGUAACCGUGUGUAAACUACACUAAAAACCCAACCGAAGGGAAGUAGCUGGAAGCAAGUUGGGGAAAAAACUUCCAUCAAACGAAAACCGAGAAAUAAACUCGGAGUUGUUUCUUCUCUUACAGCAGCAGAAAAAAACACCAAUGGUGGUAUCAACAAAAGAGUCGUGAGUUUGUGCGGUUUUGGAACAGGAAUAUUCAGAGUCCGCGAAACAAACAUCACACCGGGGAAACAACCACAGUGUGUACCUGGAGUGUCUGUCUCAUUUGUUACAUGCACUCCCCAAAACCAACCGAGGAAAUCUCGCGAAAAAAAGGUUUCAUUCUUAGCUCUGUUGUCUGUUUCGUGGAAAUCUGUCCAGGAAGUGUCCGAACAAACACGGACGGUGUGAUGUUUGGAUUGGAAAAUAAAACACCAGAGGUCUACAAGAUUUAGCGGAUUAAAAUUGUAUACACAUUGGGCAGAUUGAAAAAGUCCUCUAGUGGAACCGCUGCUGGAAUACGCGUUUCUGUGUUUGUCCUGUCCUGUGUCUCUGUGUGUAGUGAGCAUUUGCCAAGGUGCCAGAAUAAUCAAUCAUACGCCCUGUGGCAUCCAUCAAUGAAUUCCGAGCGCAAGAAAUAUGAAGUAAGUGGAAGUCAGUGAAAAAAAGAAGAGAAAAAAAGAUAAAAUGCUCCCACUAAGCUGAAGCAAACCGAGAGUUUUUAUGUGCUUAGUCAGUGUUUCGAUUUACCUACUACUAGCCAGAAGAAAAGUGAAGCAAAGCUAAAGCGAAAAGAAAAAAAAAAGAGUAUAAAUCCUCAAGUCAGUGGUGCGUGUAUAUUCAUCAUCAAAAGCUCCCCAAGCACCCACUUCCCCAAACAACAACGACGCAUUGUGGGGCCUUCUGUGGUCGUCAUCGUGUUAAAGAGUAUUCCUCCUGAAGGUGGUGCCCCAAUGUGUGUGCGUAUUCGUCGUCAGUGUGCAUUUUCGUGUCCAUUGUUAUCUGAAAUCGAUUGACGACAUCGCGCUUGUCAACUGUUUUCCACCGCGCCGGAGAAAACAAGAAGAAGCAAAAGUGGAUCCGGAUUGUUUUUGUCCUCCGGAAGUCAAGUUAUCCCCCGCCAUCGAAGGGAAAAUGUGUGUUUAAAAAAAUGAUAAUCGAGUGAAAAAAGUGGAUUAAAGUCAUUCGGGAAGCAAAUGUGUGACGGGAAAAAAGGAUAACAGCGACAACGAUCAGAAAAAAUACCGAAAUCCUCCAACACUCCUCAGUGCAUUUUCCCCUAAUCCCCCCACCCCUACUCAACCAACCCAAUUCCACGAAAAAUAAUGUAUCCCGGGUGUAGCGGGAUCGAGCCAUGGAAGUAGAUGUGAAACAGCAGCAGCAGACGACUAAGCAGCGCAACAAACGACGGGAACGGGCCCAACGUAUGAUAGCCGAGCGGGACAGGGAUGCUGCCGCUGCCGCCGGCGAUGGAGCUCCUGUGGCCAGCGGUGGCCAUCCCAUCCAGAACCUCAUUGGUGGGGUCGGGGGCGGAGGGGGUGCCCCCACCCUGGCGCCCGAUCUGGACGACGACAGUGCCGACGAGGCGGUCCCGGUAAGCCGGGAGAAACCUCCGAGGCCCACCGUUCGACGUAAGCGGAAGGAGAAGGACCCGUCGCCGAUCCUCGAGGAGGACAUCAUCGACGGGUUCUCGAUACUGGGCUUCAAGACCUACGAGGAUCUGGAGUUCGCCAUCAAAUUUGCCAACAAGCGCAAUGAGAAGCGCAUGUCCACGAUCGUUGAGCUAACGACGAUGCUGGUGGACGACAAACCGCCGAAAAUCAUCGACACAACGGCCCAGAAACUGGACCAACAGAAGGCAGCGGCAGCGGCGGCCGCGGCAGCUGCCGAGGCUUGGUCUAAUAAUAACAAUAACAACAAUGGUGCCAACAAUGGCAAUGGCAACCCAAACAACAACCCUUGCAGUAAUUCGCCGACCAGCAACAACGGCAGCAAUGGCGCUGUACCAAUAGCGGCGGCGGCUGGCCAAAACAAUGGCGAUAACGGCGUGACGACAAACGGCGCAGGCAGCUGUAUUAAUAGUAGUAGUAAUGGUAGCAGUAAUAGUAGUAGCAAUAGUGGCAGCAGUAGCAUAAUAAGCAACAGCACUGCUAGCGCAAUAGCCGUGACGGCAAGCGGUAGCAAUAGCAAUGGCAGCACCAGCAGUAGCCUCAGCGCGCUGAGUGCAACGACGGCGGCGAGCGGCGUUGUUGGCGGAAGCAGCAGUAGCUGUUCGAGUAGUUCGAGCAGCUCGAGCAGCUCCAGCAGUAGCAGCAGUAGUAGCAGCGGCAUCGGAAGCAGUAUUAGUAGCAGCAAUGGCAGCGCCAGUGUGACUGGUGCCAAUCAUGGCGGCAACCACAACCUCUCGCUGCCGCCGAACGUGGACCCGGGCACCUCGGACGAUAGUGGCCGGGCAUCGGAACGGCUCACCGCAUCUUCGGUGGCCCAGCGGGACCCGGACAGUUCCCGGGAUCGACUCAGCGACGCCAGCAGCCGGUGCAGCUCCGGCAAAGGAUAUAUCUGUGAUAGCGAAGGGGACGAUGAUAAGGGUUCUGAUGGAGGGUCAGUGGUGUUCGCAUCUACACCAGCAUCAUCGCAACCGAGCGCAGCGGCAACGGCCUCCGGCAUUGUCGGACAAACGGCGGCGGCGGCGGCGGCGGCAGCUUCAACGACGACGGCCACAACGACAGUACCCGGAACGACCGUUCCGAGUCCGGCGGCGCCCCGAAAGUCGGACUUCCCACCGACCGGGCUGCCGCUGAGCAAUGGACCACUGGCCGGAUUGGCCGGCAGUGCGAGUCCGGUGCCGGUGCCUCCAGGGGCCAGCGCCGGCCCAGCACCUCCGGCCCCAUCCCCAGCACCGGCAGCACUCCCGCCGCCGAGCCUGCCACCGCCUUACACCACACCAAUGCAGGUCUCGAAUGGUCCAUUGGGAACGCACCUGACGCCAAUCGGUGGCCAUCCGGCUGCCGGAGUAGCGUCGCCUCAAUCACAACAGACGGCCGGUGUAACGUCACCACAGCAGCCGCAACCCUCGGCGUCACCCCAGUUGGCAGCAGCUGGUCCCGGCGGCAAACCACUGCUGCCGACGGCUUCGGCCAAAAUCCCAGUGACAACGACGGCUGCAGCUACGGCAAUGCCAGCAACCGGAGGGAAGCCUGGAUCUCCAGGUUCCGGAUCGGUGCCGUCACCUGCAAUGCAACAACAGCAGGGCCAGCCUCUGACGCCGCAAUCUCAGCCACCACAAUCGCCGCAGCAGCAGCCACAACAGCACAAUAGCAAUAGCAACAGUAGUAGCGGUGGAGGUUCAGGUGGCGUCGUUAAGCCUUCGUCUGUUCCGAGUUUUAUCGGGGCAGGUUCGUCGUUUGCCCCGGCUGGUGCCGCAGUUGUUGGUUCGUUACCAAAUGGCCUGCCACCGGCCCCAAGUGGUGGCCAACCACCGCACAGUAACUCUAGCAGUAGUAACAGCGCGGCACCUUCCUCGUUGCCACUGAACGUGCCCCACACACCUCCGGCAGCUUCCCCAGCCAGUGGUCAAAGUCCGGCCAUCCAUCCGACGGUGGAAAGUUCCCUGGCAGCAUCGACAAGUGCGUUACGAACCCACAGCCCAGCAGUGGCAACGAGUGCGGCCCUCACGGCAGCCGUCACACCCACUGGCCUCCUAAACGGAUCUCAUCCAGGACUUCCACCCUCAGCUGCAGCAGCGGCGGCGGCGGCCAUGAUGAUGCCUAAUGGCCUCGGCGGCAUCCCACCGCACUAUCGAGCACCAUACCCUGGUUAUCCACAUCUGUACAGUCCCUACGGGAGCUUCGCACAUAGUCCAUACCUACAAUCGCCGAUGGCAUCAAACCUAUCUCCUCGAAUGCAUCCCGGUGCUCCACACAGUCUCCACAUGAUGAGUCUCGGCCUAAUGGACCCAAGACUGCAAGCUCCACCGAUGCCUUCUGGAGCCAACGGAAGUCCGUCUCAAUCGCGCGAUCGAGACGCUUCCCCCAUGGGUGGACCACCACCCUCAAAAACUGUCCGACCGAUGACUCCGAACAGCAGCAAUGGCAGCACGACGCCAUCAUCGCUCGGUGCCGCACAACCUACCGGACCGAUUCCACCGGCUCCCCAUCGCUCGACGCCACCAACGUCAUCGCACAUGAGCCAUCAUCGUUCCGAGUCCGGUCAUCUCUUACCUCCUCAUCAACCUCCGCCGCUCUCUCAUCAGCAACCGCCAGCACCGCAUUUAGUAGGACCUUCCUCGCAUCAUCCACUGGGGGUUGGCGGACCGCUUCCCCCCGGUCACCAUCCCGGAAGUCACCAUCUGCCGCCAGGAUCGCAUCUACCGCCAACUAGCAGCAGCAGUAGUAGCAAUAUGUCUCACCCACACCAGCCGGCUUCCAGCAAUAACAGUAGCAGCAGCAGCAUACCCCGACCACAUUCUCCUCGCGGUCAUAGUCCGAAUAGAGAAAGAGAUAGUUAUAGCAGUAAUCUAAGUAGUUUAUCUCGAUCGACUCCCGGCUCGGCGCUACCGUACGGCAGCGGUGGCAGCACGGCGAGUAGCACAAGCACUGGCGGUCCACCACCCGGGCCCUCUCCGACGCUUCCUUACAGUAGCAGUAGUCCGAUAACGGCGACGGCCACCGCUACCGCUACCUCUAGUCUGACCUAUCCUAAACCUUCGCUAGCCACUAGCUCCUCUAGCAGUAACAGUAGUAGUAGUACAAGUUCCGGUGUGCCGCCCCACGGUUGGCCUCCGUCGUCGUUGCCACCGUCCGUAGCAGCGGGAUCUGCUGCAUCGGUUGGGGCAGGGGCUCCUCCAACGCACUCUCCGCACGGAGCAGCAGCGGCCACCGGACCCCCCGGAAGCAGCAGCAGUUCUUCCUCGCUAGCUCGGCCCACUCCUCCCCCGCCUUCGUCGUCGCAAUCUUCCUCCGGGACGCCAUCCGCGUACCCAUCGCCACUGUUUACGGCGCCUCUUCCACCGCCGGUCGUUUCGUCGGCCGGCGGCAGCUCAUCCUCCUCAUCUCAACCCGCCUCGGCCCCGUUGCCAUUCUCAGCCGAGUCACUGUUCUCUACAAAAGCCUCCGACCAGGCGGACAUGUUGCGGCGCGAGUUGGACAAUCGGUUUCUGGACCGCAGCGGAAUCGGUGCGGUCCCCCCAUCGCCCUACCUGAGGCAGGAGCUGCACCACCAUCAGCACCAACACACGCACCUGCAUCAGCAUCAACACCAGCACCAGCACACGCCGAUCCUACCGACGGCAGCAUCCGCAAGUCCAGCCCUCUUCCCACCUCCCCUUUUCAAGGACGUUCCCAAGAUCGGUGCCGUCGAUUCGCCCUUCUACCGGACCGGGCUGGGAAUGCCGCCAGGCUAUCCGGCCUACGGGCCCAGCCUGUUGCAUCCCGGCCUAAGUGGACCGACCCAGUUCGUCCCGCCCAGUCAUCUGCCAUCUUUCGUACCGAAGGUAAGGAGCCAUGCGCCACCGGUUGAUCCGAACAAAAAGAAAACCGGUAAGUGGAACGCGAUGCACGUACGGAUAGCGUGGGAGAUCUACCACCACCAGGCCAAACAGAACCCGGACAAGGCCGCCUCGAUGAAGACGGCCUCCGAUAUGUUGAGGCCCCCCUCGCACAUGUACCCGCCGUCGGCUGCGGCAGCUGCAGCGGCGGCGGCGGCCGGUCUCGUUCGGCCACACGAUCUGCCCACCUCGCCGUACUCGCCGGCUGGCCUGCCCGGCCGACCGGGCCCGUACGAAUCGGCGCCCCUUCCGCCGAGCUUCAUGAGCUCGGCUGCCGCUAGUCAUUUAGGUGUCUCCCCGUUCGGACGGUACGCCUCGCCGUAUGGCGGAUCGCCCUUCAGUGGCCUGUCGCCGUUCGCCCGGGACAUCCCGAUCGGAUCUCAGAUACCCGGUUCGCUACACGAUCCGUGGAGAAGUGCAAUACCUCGAAGUGUGGGUUCUUACCCGCCGGGACCGCCUCCAGGGGCGGGUGGGGCGUGGCCUCCCACGAUCAAGCAAGAUCCCAGUAUAGCGGCCGAAACGGCAAGACGUGAGGCCGAGGAACGGGAACGACAGCGGGAACGCGAGGAACGGGAACGGGAACGGCAAAGGAGGGAACGUGAAGAACGGGAAAAGCGAGAGCGAGAACGGGAAGAGAAGCUUCGGAAGGAACAACAGGAAAGGGAAAGGGAACGUGAAAGAGAGCGGGAACGGGAACGGAAGGAGAAGGAACGACGAGAAAUGGAACGAAGGGAGAUGGAACGGGAACGGAUGUUGCAGCAGCAGCAGCGUGAAUCGAAGGCUGCGGCUGCGGCGGCAAGUCAGAAUAUGGUGCGGGAUCGAUCUCCGCUGCGAAAUGGGACCGAUCUGGAUGUGCGGAUAAAGGAAGAGCGCAAGGACGAGGCGGAGCUUAUAAUGCGAAGUCAAGCGGCCGCUGCAGCUGCGGCCAGCGAUCCACGGUAUCAUCCGUCGAUGAUGCCCCAUCCGUACAUGACCAGUAGACAUCCUGCCCAUAUGUUACCGGGUGCUCAUUUAUCUCGAUCGAUGCUACCACCUACGAUGGGUCUACCGUCGCAUUUCCCACCACCAGGUCCAUGGGGACCGGAUCCGUUCCGGGACUAUAGGCUCGAAUCUCUUCACCAGCUGCGAUACAAUCCACUGAUGGAUCCGUAUCGAGUUGAGGAGGCCAAGGCAUCGCUUUUGUACGCCCAAUCGGCAGCCUACCGAGGGAAGGAACCGAGUCCGGUUCCACCACCCUCGCACCAUCGUAUGCCUCCGGGAGCACCCGGAGGUCCACCGGGAAUGCCUCCGGGAGGUCCGCCCGGUAGUUUGAAACCACCCUCCUCGCACCUGGGUCCCAUGGCUAGCAACGGUCCGGGACCGCCACCGGGAGCCCCGGGAGGACCACCACCCGGUGCGAUGCCCGGAAUGCCAGGACCAGGAGUCGGAGGCCCCGGCGGAAUGUCCGUCGCCGUCAGCGAUAUGCACAAAAAGGAAGACUCCUGCCAGUCACGAUGAUAGUCAUCAGCGUCCGCAUCAUCAUCAUUGAUCGUUAUCGAUGACGAUUGAGGGAGCUGAUAGAAAGAAGGAAAACAAAUCAAAACGGAACGGCUGGACUUUGGCAUGCGGAAUGAAAGGCAGGCGAAAGCGAACGUGCAGCGCACACCAAACACAAUAGAGCAGCCUAGCCUAGCCUAGUGUAUGUGACGAUGAUUGCGAGAUGGGAGGUGCUAAGUCAAGGGACAGAGCAGCGUAAUUAAAAACAACAAAAUGGUGAUAUUUUAACAUGUAAUUUAGUGUUACAAACUGAGUAAGGAUAAAACCCCUAACAGUAAAAGUGAACAAAACGAAAAGAUAAAUGCUAACUGAGCAUGAAUUUUGAUCAGAGUCGGAAAUUAUUAGUGAGAUAUUUAAUAUAUUACUUAUUACACGAACACAAACAAAAAACACCGGAGAAAACCGGAUGAUUUGUCGUGGUGCUCUUAGCCCAUCCCAUCAUUCGUUUGGGAAGUAAAUAAUUACUGUGCAUUUUCAACCGAUCACAACUGAACAACAUCAACAGGCAACAAAUGAGAUUGGUUAUAGUUUGCUAGUGUAUAACCAAUCCGUGAGCAAAAAAAAAGAAAGAAAAAAAACAAAUAAUAAACUGUAGAAGAAUUUUGCGUUUAGAGGUUCAACUGCGCUUAUGAUCGGGGAAGACCGAAAACUAGAAAAAAACUAAAACAAAGUACACAAUUUAUUGUAUUAUAAAUGCAAACAAAAACGAAACGAAAGAAAAAAUGGGAAAACAUGAAAAAAUACAAUGUAAAUGUAUAAAUAGAACAAACAGUAGUAAAAGUAUUUGUGUAAAAAAGUUGGAAAAUCAAACAAACGAAGCAAACAAAACAAACAGCAGCAGGGUUUUGCGAGGGAAAACAUACUUAUUAUUUAUAUUUGAGGAAACAAAAACAAAACAAAGCGAAAAAACGAACGCAUCUCUCUG